GGAAGUGCGGACUGGGCAACUGUGCUGGGUGUGUUUGACGCCAGUAACAGAAACUUCCUGGUUGUCGUGCUUCACCUGCCGAAACUGAAGCAAUAAUUUACACAAAAGCACAAUAGCCUGCUUUAUAUAUACAACAAACUGACAUUUCAUCGCUACCUCACGUCUCCUGUGUGGAAGCGGAGAGAAAACUCAUCAUUUAAAGCAGAGAAAUCAGUGACGCGCUGCUGGAGGAUCAAAAGAACACGGAGGAUGAGGGUGUUUCCCGGUGGAAAGGAUGAAGAGUUCCCCAGCUAACCGCAGUCGGGACAUCGAGCGUCAGGCAGGAUAUCUGCGUCCGGAGCACUGCGCGCCGCCCCCUCCGCGGACACACUCAGCCGACGACAUGUGGUUCAUCCGGGACGGCUGCGGCAUCGUGUGCGGCGUGAUCACAUGGAUGCUGGUCUUCUUCGCCGAGUUUGUGGUCGUCUUCGUAAUGCUGCUGCCGUCGAAGAGUGUGGUGUACAGCCUAAUUAACGGCGCCUUGUUUAACGGACUGGCCUUCCUCGCCCUGGCAUCACACUUCAAGGCCAUGUGCACCGACCCGGGAGCCGUUCCAAAGGGAAACGCCACUAAAGAGUUUAUCGAGAGUCUGCAGCUCAAGCCUGGACAGGUGGUGUAUAAAUGUCCCAAAUGUUGCAGCAUCAAACCUGAUAGAGCUCAUCACUGCAGUGUGUGUAAGCGCUGUAUCAAGAAGAUGGACCAUCAUUGUCCCUGGGUCAACAACUGUGUGGGAGAGAGCAACCAAAAAUACUUUGUGCUUUUCACUAUGUACAUUGCUUUGAUUUCUCUUCAUGCUCUCAUCAUGGUCGCUGUCCAUUUUAUCUUCUGUUUUGACGAAGACUGGGCAAAGUGCAGUUCCUUCUCUCCUCCGACGACCGUCAUCCUCCUCAUCCUCCUGUGCUUUGAGAGUCUGCUCUUCCUCAUUUUCACUGCUGUGAUGUUCGGCACGCAGAUCCACUCCAUCUGUAACGAUGAGACUGGAAUUGAGCAGCUGAAGAAAGAAGAGAAACGAUGGGCCAAAAAGUCCAAGUGGAUGAACAUGAAGGUGGUGUUCGGUCACCCGUUCUCUGUGGCCUGGCUGAGUCCGUUUGCCCCGCCGGAUCACGGGAAGGCCAAUCUCUACCAGUAUGUGGUCUGAGAAGACCGACCCGACACGUCACCUGCUCUGUCUCUACACAAACAUCUCUCUUUGCUUUUAACUCUGUCUGCUCUGAAAGACCUCACCGCACAGAAAACCACGCCACGCUGCUCUAGUGGCCUCUUUACGCUCAUGGAGACACUGACGGUCUGAUGGAGAGUGAAACUGAUGUCCUGAGCACCGCUGGCCCAGCUGCACUGUUAUAACCAAUCCCGCACUGUGAACACUGUCGUUUACCAAUGAUGUUUGUGAUGAAUUGGAUCUAGUCUGGUGAGAUUCUAGAGGCCUUGACUAUGGAACUUACUAACCGUCACCAGCCGUGGCAAAUAACUGAAGUGUUUCUUUUUGAUGUUGUUUUUUUCUUGAUUGACAGAUGCCUUUACAUUCGCUGGUUAAUUAGGAAAUGCCUUUUCUUUUUUCAUUCUCUGCUCAAGCCUUAGCACAGAAACGCUGCUGUAGUGUGAGGAAUCUUUCGUUGCCAAAUUUUAUUCCAUUAUGAAAAGUAAAAUGACACACAAUCAUCUUUUUUCCCUUUCUUGAUCAAAACAAAUUAAUUUGCAUAACACUAAUGGGUGAAUAUCAUGAAAACAUGUCUGGGCCAUGUUCCAUACCAAAAUCUUUUUCUUUUUUGCAUUGUGACAUUAUUUUCAUGACAAUUAAAUACAUUAUACUAUCAAAUUUACAUAAUUGUAAUUUGUAUUGUAUUAUUUUUGUUAUUUUUUGGUGAUUCUAGCACUCAAUGCUGAUUCUUGUUACUGUAAUAGUCAUUUUUACACUCUUUUUUUUCAUUAAAGUAAUCAUAGAUAUUUAUUAUUGUCUUGGAAAUAAUAUUUGUGAUUACUAGGUCAUGUCUCUUUAUACUAAAUACAGCUUUUUCUUUUUUGUAUUUUCUAUUUGUUUUAAAUCUUAUUCUCAUUGGUAAUUCUCAUUAUUGUAAUAAAGUUUUUACUUAAUUACAUUGUUAGCAAACAGUACAUAUAUAAUGCAUUAAAUAACUAUUAAAUGUUAUUUAAAUUUUUUUAUAUAUAUAUAUAUAUAUAUAUCAUUAAAAUAAUAGAUUUGCCUGGUGCAUUUUGCCUGGUAAUUCUUUAAAAAAAAAAUUUUUUUUCUGUUGAUUUUGGGAUGAAAUAUGGUGUUUUAAAACAUGUUUUAUGAGAUUAAUCCGAUUCAUUUCUGAAUGCAGUAGCUCAUUGCAGACCUAGAUAUAUGGUUAUGACUGUAAUAAAACAUUUGCAAUACUUUGAGCCGUUCUUUGGGCGGUUUUCACUGUCUCUCGGCGGUGGUGCUCAUGGAUUUCAGUAACGGUGUCACUACAGUAUUCCAGUCUUCCUGAAUCCAGACGGCUGCUUUCUUUGUCCUGUGACUCCUCAGGUUCAUAUGAUGUUCUUAUCAAUCCUGCUUCUCUUUUAAAUCCAGCUCAGACCAUCAGAUGCUCAGCGUCUGCAGCCUCGAAAGCUUUGAAACUGUGGAGACUGACAGCUGUAGACGUUUUCGGGCUUGUUUUAUGAUGUCGGGUCAUGUGGUUUGGAAGCCUCACUUUGCUGCUUAUGACUGAAAGUUUGUUGGUUGGGUUUCAAUGCAUUGAAAUGUUCGACGGCUCUGCUGUUGGAUCAGUAUUUCCCAUCUGCUCUCUGAGUUACGGGUCUCUACGGGUCGCUCAUAAUCACUGCUGUUCACAGGCCUGAUGUAAAGGACCGCCGUUUCUUUUUCCAUUUUCUUUGCACAUUCUUUUGCCUGUUUUUAGUUUAUUCUGUCUUUUUUAAUGCUUUAUGUUGUGCAUGUAUUUUAAAUAUAUCAGUAUCUUAAUGCAGUUUUGGGUGUUUCGGGUUGCUUUCACUUUGAAAGUCAAGUCAAUAAAUUUCUCUUUCUGUUGUUUUUCCAA